AUGAGGACUUCCCCUUUCUUUCGCUUAGAACCUACAUAUAUCUUGAUAAUUAUAUAUCCAACGCCUUACAAUAUGCCGUACAAAUCUCGCUGGACGAUCGAUGUCCCAGAUAUUCAUUUAGCCUCUCUCCUUCUAAAAUCACCCACAGCACCUCUAUCUCAGACGCAUAGAUGUUACCUCGAAGCAGCUCGCCCAGAGACUCACUACUUGACCACACAUGAUUUUCGUCUCUGGAGCCAGCGGUUUGCCGCCGGACUACGCAAAUCCGGACUCCAGCCAGGAGACCGAGUCUUACUGUUCUCCGGUAACGACCUUUUCUUUCCGGUAGUAUUCAUGGGUGUAAUCAUGGCCGGAGGAAUUUUCACCGGUGCCAAUCCAACCUUUGUAGCGCGAGAGUUAGCCUACCAACUUCAAGACAGUGGUGCAAGAUACCUCCUCUGUGCAAGUGGAAGCCUAGAAACAGGCAUCGAAGCCGCAAAACAAUCCGAUUUCCCUCAGGACCACGUCUUCGCCUACGACAACUCAAUCUUCGGUGGAAUAAUCAAGCCCCAAAAGGGCUGUCAGUACUGGAGCAAUCUCAUCGCCUCCGAAAAAGAAGGCGCCGCCUUCGCCUGGGACGAGCUCUCAACACGAGCCCUUUCAAGUCGAACAUUAGCCCUGAACUACUCAAGUGGUACAACAGGCCGCCCAAAGGGCGUCAAAAUCUCGCACAGGAACUACGUCUCAAACAUGCUCCAAUACUGCCAUUUUGGAACGCUGAACCCAGACUACGAAAAGCGUCUCGCACGCUCGCGCUGGCUGUGUUUCCUGCCCAUGUACCACGCCAUGGCGCAAAAUAUUUUCAUUGCGGCUGCCCUAUACCGUGCGACUCCGGUGUAUGUGAUGCCGAAGUUCGAUUUUAUUAAAAUGCUGGAGUACACGCAGCGGUUCCGAAUUACGGAUUUUAUUCUCGUGCCGCCGGUCGUUGUUGCGUUGGCUAAGCAUCCUGCUGUUAAGCAAUAUGAUUUAAGCAGUGUUGAGGCGGUUAUGAGUGGUGCUGCGCCAUUGGGGAGAGAGGUCUGUGAGGAGGUCGAGAAGUUGUGGCCCGAGGGGAAGAUUAACAUCAAACAAGGUUGGGGGAUGACUGAGGCAACUUGUUCGAUUAUGGGAUGGGAUCCUACGGAGAAGAGCACAUCUGCUUCUGUCGGUGAGCUCAACCCUAAUUGCGAGGCCAAGAUCGUAUCACUCGAUGGAGCAGAGGUCAAAGAGCGAAACACGCGUGGCGAACUUUGGGUACGUGGGCCAAAUAUCAUGACGGGUUACUGGCGCAACGAGAAAGCAACGCAAGAGACCAAGACCGAGGAUGGCUGGCUUCUUACGGGUGAUAUUGCUUUUGUGGACGACCUGGGCAAAUUCCAUGUUGUGGAUCGCAUGAAGGAAUUAAUCAAAGUCAAGGGCAACCAAGUGGCGCCAGCCGAGCUAGAGGCUCUUCUUCUCGAACACCCUGCGAUAGCAGAUGUCGCUGUGAUAGGAGUUGUCAUCAACCAUGAUGAGCACCCCCGCGCAUAUGUGGUGGUUUCUCCGGGUGAAUCCGCCACCGCGGACGAUAUAACGCGUUUCAUGGAAAAUAAGGUCUCCGCGUUCAAGCGGAUUACAGGAGGAGUGGUAUUCCUCGAUUCGAUACCUAGGAAUCCCUCGGGCAAAAUUCUACGCACAAAAUUGCGCGAACAGGCGAAGGAGGAGCUGAAGGGUGUUACAGCUAAACUUUAG